UGGCUCUGCUGAACACUUUCCAGAGAGACUGCAGUGCUCAGGUUGUGCUGACUGCAGACCCUCCAUGGUCAGAUGCGUUCCCAGGAGACAAUGUUACUCUCACCUGUCAGGUCACUGGAUCUGAGGGCUGGAUGUUUCUCUGGAGCAGAGUGAGAAAUGGAGAAACCUCCCAACUUCAGGGAUACAGUGGCAAAGGAGGAUACCGAUACGUACUGAGUCCAGUGAGAGAAACAGACCAAGGACAGUAUCAGUGUACUGGGAGGAGAGGAAAUGAAGUUUUACUCAGUAACUUCCACAACCUCACUGUGUCUAGUGAUCGUCCUCAGGCUGCAGUGAUCCAGACCCCCCCAGGCCCUUUGUGGUUCACUGGAGAAACUGUGAUCCUCACAUGUGACAUCAGGAGAACAUCAGGAAAGUGGAGAUAUUCCUGGGCAAUGAAGAAUAAACAAGGAGCUCUAGAGAGUCUGACUCCCAAGAGCAAAGAAGAGCAACAAACUCACACCAUCCAGCCUGUGACAGAGUCACACAGUGGAGAAUAUCUGUGUCAGGGAGAAAGAGGGAAAGAGAGAGUAAUACAGUCUUUACCUGGAUCUGUUGUGUUAAAGGUGUCAGGUGAAAAGCCAAAGGCAGAAAUGAAAAAUGUGUUACCCACUGGAGAGGUCUACACAGGGGACAGACUCACACUGACCUGUACAGUAGAUGGAGAUUCAACUGGCUGGAAGUAUCUGUGGUACAAAGACACACAGGGAGUAGUUCUGUCCAACACUGACAGUGACAGGACUGAUGGGUCCAGUUACACCAUCAACUCUGCUGCUCCAUCCCACAGUGGACAGUACUGGUGUCGAGCUCACAGAGGGGGGUUUUACUCUCACUACAGUGAUUCUCAUGAAGUAAAUAUUCAAGGUGUCCCACAACCCGUCCUGAGUCUACAGUCUGGAUGGACAAACAUGUUCCCCACUGAAACAGUCACUCUGAGGUGUGAUUUUCAGGAGAGUUCUACUCGCUGGGUGUAUAAAUGGUACAGAGAUGGACAGGAGAUUCCCAUCAGUGGAGAUGGAGACACUUACACAAUCCCGUCUGCUGCUCGGUCACACUCUGGACAGUAUCAGUGUAGAGGAGAACUUCCAGAGAGAGCAGUGACCUCCCCACACAGUAACUCUCUUCUACUCACUGUAUAUGGAACUGAACCAGAAAUACAAAUUACAAUGGAAUCCUGCUGUGGAAAGAUUUCCACUGGAGAUACUCUCACCUUGAGGUGCACACUGAAGGGAAGUUCUACUGGCUGGAAGUAUCUGUGGUACAAAGACGCACGGAGAACAGAGCUGUCCAACACUGACAGUGACAGGACUGAUGGGUCCAGUUACACCAUCAGCUCUGCUGCUCCGUCCCACAGUGGACAGUACUGGUGUCGAGCUCACAGAGGGGGUUUUUACUCUCACUACAGUGAUUCUCAUAAAGUAAAUAUUCAAGGUGUCCCACAACCCGUCCUGAGUCUACAGUCUGGAUGGACAAACAUGUUCCCCACUGAAACAGUCACUCUGAGUUGUGAUGUUCAGGGGAGUUCUACUCGCUGGGUGUAUAAAUGGUACAGAGAUGGACAGGAGAUUCCCAUCAGUGGAGAUGGAGACACUUACACAAUCCUGUCUGCUGCUCGGUCACACUCUGGACAGUAUCAGUGUAGAGGAGAACUUCCAGAGAGAGCAGUGACCUCCCCACACAGUCACUCUCUUAACCUCACUGUAUAUGAAACUCCCCCAAAGCUUCUAAUAUCCAUGGAGACCCCCAGUGAAGACAUUUAUACAGGAGAGAGACUCACACUGACCUGUACAGUAGAUGGAGAUUCAACUGGCUGGAAGUAUCUGUGGUACAAAGACACACAGGGAGCAGUUCUGUCCAACACUGACAGUGACAGGACUGAUGGGUCCAGUUACACCAUCAGCUCUGCUGCUCCGUCCCACAGUGGACAGUACUGGUGUCGAGCUCAUAGAGGGGAGUUUUACUCUCACUACAGUGAUUCUCAUAAAGUCAAUAUUCAAGUUCGUCCAUAUGCUGUCCUGUCUCUGGACACUGGAUGGACACAGAUAUUGACCACAGACAGUCUGACACUGAGGUGUGAGAUCCAGGGAAACUUUUCUCUGUGGAACUACACAUGGUACACAGAUGGAAUUCAGAUCCCACUAGAACACAAUGGAGAGACGUUCAGUGUGUAG